UCACCAUCACCACCACAUCGACAGCGAACGUAAAUUCAGAUGCCUUCUGUCACCCUGCCCCAGGAACUUAUCGACCACAUUCUCGACCUCCUCGCCCAGACCUACUCCGAUACUUUGCACUACUCCUUGGAAAGUCGGACGCGUACCCUUUCCGCCUGCACCCAGGUCUCGCGGGCAUGGUUGCCAAGGAGCUCCAGGCACUUGUUCUAUCGCAUCUGGCUUCGCAACUCCAGCUAUUCCAGCUUCAUUGGCGACGUGCAAGAGUCGCCGCGUCUCUCGCAACACGUAGCACGAGUCGUUGUGCGCGUAGGACCAACUGGCAUGACGAAACGCCUCCAAGAGACUCUCUCGGCCCUGCCGAACCUACGUGAACUCGAAUACUGGGAUCUUCAGUGGCGUGCACCUAACCAAUCUGACAUACCUUUGCUCCUUGGCUUUCCUCAGCGGAUCCGCGAUCGGCUUGCUCGUCUCACCGUCUCAUUUGCUGCCGCAUUGGAUGACACCGCUCGCUAUCUGUGGGAGCUCAAUCCCGAAGUGCCCUUGCUCGACCAAUACCGAGAGCGGGAGUCCUCUUGUGUCGUAGAGUGCCCGACGCUGGAGUCCGGUCCUGUCGGCAUCAUUCUCCAAUCCAUGUUCGCUUCGGAUGCUCAGGCUGCGAAUGCGGUCUUGUACCAUGUAGGCUGUGACGUGCAGCACAUAGAAUUACGGUCACUGACUACGAUGACAACUGAUGUAAACGAGAUGAUCGCCCUACACCAUUGCAAGAAGUUAAAGUCCAUCUCAAUGCAAGUAGAUGACCCUCAAAUUUUCGUAUGGCUCUCCGACUCCGUUGUGCGAAACCUACCCACCCAUCUACGCCGAGUGAACGUUGUGUUUAACCAGCCUCGCGCUCUCGGUGUGGUCGAAGAAAACGCCGCCUGGGAGGCUUUCAUAAAGGGUCUUCAGCGAUGCGAUGCUCUUGAGGCCGUUGAGUUCUUCGAGGUCUGCCGCGACGUAGGAGAAAAGGAGAAGGACGAGAUGCUCCGGAGGAGAGAGACAGCCCUGCUCCGCAAUUUUCCCUCCCAGCUUGCAACAAUUGUAACGUGCUGGCCAUAGCAUCUGCACGGAGUGCCGGGUUGUGUACAAUAGAAGAUUUCGGAUAC